AUGUUACUGGUUUGUGUAUGUGCUACAUCAUCGGAUAGAAAAGUCAGGCAUCCCAGGAAUCAACGUAAGCCUAUUUUUAAGUUAGAACAGGACCAAAAGCUCCGUAUUUCCAAAACCAACUCAAUGUGCUCCACAUCGCAUGAGGAGUGGACUUGAAAGGGCCGGACCCAAUUUUUUUGGCCAUGUCAUUUUCCAUGUGUUUCCUCACCUUAAAAAUAAAUUUUGAUGGGUCCCUGCCUUAGUUUCACCUCUAGUGUCCUGGCAAUUACAAAUUUUCUUCUCCCGCACCCGUGCGGAGCCUAGUAAGCACCCUUUCAAGUCUAGUAUAAAGAGAACAUCUAAUUUUUUACAACUACACUAAUGUCUUUUCAAAACCUUCAUUCCUAUGAUUUCAGAUAUGCACACAAGACCUAGUGAUUUCGUAUUACGAUGCCCUCCUCCACCAAAAACCAGACACAAAGUGAGUUUAAAAAGCUAAAAUGGCUACAAAAAGAAGCUGAAAACCUAAAACAUCUUAUAAAACGAACCGAUGAAAGGCUACACCCAGUCAAAGUUAAACAGAUUAGACCACAGAAGCAGAAAUAAAGCCUAAGCCGAGCUAAAAGUUCGAUUAAAGCUAUAUUUAGAAGGGGCUCACUAGGCCAGCUCCGGCCCCAGGCUACAGCAAGUUCAAAAGCGGACAACCCUUCAAACAUGGGCCCGAGCCAAAACCUAGUCAAAAAAAAAUCCAGCCCUUUACAGGUCUAUUUGAAAUUCAAUUCAUAGCUUUUUUUUUAUCUAUCAGCCCUUUUUACCUGGAAACUUUAAAGCUUGUUUGAAAAAAAAUGUAUUAGAAAACUCUAUCCUACCUUCAGAUCCAAGUCAGUGUAGCAUUCUACUUCAACAACAAGAUCCUGCUACAAAUCGACGCUGACAAAAUAAUCGAAUCCCAUAGAAUCCGAGAGCAAACCGACAAAAUUCAAUGGAAAACCCUCGGAAAUCAGAGUUCUGCCAUAAUUUCUUGGAAAAACGACACAGUACGAUUUGAGUACGAAGAGAAACGACAUUGGUAUGCAGUUCGAAUUAAACCUAACAAUAUGUACGAACUUCGAGGAGCCUGGAAGUGUAGGCUAACAACUUUUGUCAAGGAUAAUCGACAAAAAAGCAAUUGGUCCAAGUUUGAGAGCCGGAAGUUUUAUGGUGCUAGUAAGAACAAAAUUUCCGUUUUUCAGGUGAGGUCUUUUUAAGAUUUUAUCAAAAAAUUGUUUUUAAAUUACUUGGGUUACAUUGAGGUAGAUAGUGUCGACGAAAAAAAAGCGAAAAAAAAUUCAAUCCCACCAUAACCUACAUUAAUAUCGGUUCUUUUUACAUACCCAUCGUUUUUAGUAUGCAAAAAGAGAUGAAAACAAACAAAACAAUACCUUAAAGACAAAAAGAAUGGAAGAAAAUACUAAAAAAGCUAGCCAUCAAGUUCAAACUCCAGAUUCAUCAAAAAUCAGUGAAGAAGACUUUGUGUAA